CAGAAGCCUAGUUCAAGGAAACAAAGACAUUUAAAAACUUAAACCAACGCCGCCCCCGGCACCAAAGUGCGGCGUCAUGGCCGACUAAGCCAGCCAUGGCCAUUGCACCCCUUGCCUUAGGGGUAGCGGCCACCUCGUUGACCGUGGCGGCCGUGGACCGAGUGUCCAAAAGCUUGGCCAGGCCGGGAGUGGCCAAUGAGGGCUUAGGCGAGCAAGGAGUGGCUGAAGCAGCCGAGGGGACGACGACCAGGCGCUUGGUGGUUUUGGGCGCUUCUGGAGGCUCCGGCGUUGCCGUGGUCGAGGCCGCCCUGGAGCGGAACUAUCACGUCGUGGCAUUCGCCAGGGACCAGCAGCGGCUGAACCGAGAGUUGGGCCAUUUGAUGGGCCAUGCAUCACUGGAGGUCGCCCUGGGAGAGAUCUCGGACUUGACAGCGCUGUUGAGCGCUAUGCAGGGCGCGCAGGCCGUGAUUUGCACCGUGGGCCCUCGACCUGAGACCGCGCCUGGGCCUUUGGCACCUGCCAUUCAGAUCCUGGUGGAGGCCUGCCGGAAGUGCCAAAUUGAGCGCCUCAUCGUGCAGGGCUGUGCCUUAGCUUCAGCGCCGGGGGAAUGGUGGGGACUCCUCACUCCCGCACGCUUGGCGCGCGCGGUGGUGAGGUGGCAAAACAGCUCCAAGGCCAUCGAUGACGCGGAGGCGGUCAUGAAGUACUUGUACAAUGAGGCAAAGGAUGUGAAAUGGGUUGUUGCACGGCCCGUGUGGCUGGAGGAGGGCGAAGCUCGAGGAGCUUUGGUGCCCAACUUGGACACCUUCACUCAGAGCUCGAUCAGGUAUGCUGACUUGGCCCUGUGGCUCCUGGAGCAAGUUGACGGCGGCGACUAUGUGCAGAAGAUGCCGCGGUUGAAGUAUGGUCCAGUUGAGUAUCCGAUUUGAAAAGAA